AUGUUGAUACGUCCAAGAGAUAAUCCGAAACAUCAGGCCAACAAGGCCACUGGUUGGUUUGCCGCAAUGGCCGUACAGUGUCCUGACGGUUUUGAGUUUACUCCCGGUCACUGGCUGACUGAUCGUGAGUACGUUGGUAAUGUUGCCUUGCUAGUCCCAAGUUUAUUUAAUCUACAGCUUCGGGCGUCAGGGGUAAGUAACAUCGCCAAUGCGGUCCCUUUAUCCGUAAACCCUGGGAUACCAAAGUGUUUUUGAACCGUAUCGCUGACUAUGAGUGGACAGCCUUCGAGGUUAAUGACUGUCAGCCUAGAGGACUGAGUAGUUUCAAAUACCUAUAUUAAGGCUGCUGCCGAAUGGAUAAAGUGCGGCUGAUUUCGUCCCCCGAAUCAUUGUCGUUCGCAGGGUUUUCACAAUCCUUAGAAAAUGUCUAUGAAUCUGACGCGACAUAUCCAUCGCCAUGAAGAUCCGUGUGUACCGUGUAUUUAUCCGGUCGGUCUUCCUUUACGGUUGAGAAUGCUGGUUUGUGCGCCUAGAAGAUAAGCGAAAACCAGAGGUGUUCGGUCACUGAGGACUAUCCUCUGUCUCAAAUGGGACCGUCCGCACUCUCUGUAACAACCUCGCUGUAUAUAUAUGAGGCUAUUCAAAAAUGACGACUGAGAUGGUAUGGCACGUUUUACUCAGAAGACGAAGAUGCGACCACUGGAACAAGAAAUUUCUUGGCCUGAGGUUUCGGAUUCUCCCUCAAACCCAUCAUCAGAGACAGUCGCAGAUAAUGGGUAUUGGUGGCUAAAGGAGUGCAGCAUUUAUAGCCCGUGGUUGUCGUGGGACCAUAUACGUACUGUAAUUAACAGCUCUCGCAAUCACCGCUGAGGCCGCAAUUGAUGCGAUGACGGCUUGUCAACCCGCGUUCGAGUCUUUAAUGGCCACGAUUUCGUCAUCUGUGUUGGAUGCUGGUGUGCCGAUUGCUCAGCAAAUUGGCUCACUGUCAUUGGAAUUAUUGCUCACCCGCGCCAUUUCCACGUGACUGACUCCCCUGCCCAGGGAAAAUCUCAGCACGGAUAACGGUAAAGCGAGGCCAUUGCGCCGGUUGGUGAACUGCGGGCCCGAGAACCAUGACUCGAGCAGCAAGCGGCUCACGCGGUUGUCACCCUUUGUGAGGAUUUCGGCCUCUUGAAACUUGAAAAUAUGGCCGGGUCCCGUCGAAUGAGCCACCACCUGCGAGCUAGCGUCUCCGCGCCUCAUUGCUGCUGCGUGCUCGGCCAUUUGCGUACGGAGUGGUCACCCAGUUUCUCCGACGUAGUUACUUUGUCCGCAACUGCAACUGCACCAAUCAGAUCUGUGACUGUCUCUGAUGAUGGGCUCGAGUGAGAAUCUGAAAUGCCGAGCCAAUAAAUUUCUUGUUCCAGUGGUUGAACCUUCGUCUUCUAAACUGCUUCCUGGAACUCGCUGUUCGUUUCUAUCAGAACAGUUUUCAAUAGUUUGCCUCAGUGUUGUUGCCCUCAGUCCUACCCGGUUGUCCGCCCGGGGGCGUCGAGGAGGAGGCCGACUAAAAAUAUGGCUGGACAAGACAUGAAGGAUGCUCUUAGAUCUGCAGUAUCCGAUCGCCGUCGCUGGAGGAAUGAAUGGGUCGAACUUUCCUGAUCUGCUGCCGCAUAUCAUUACGCACGAAGAGGUACUGCCAGUGACACCAUCGGGGCCAGCUAAGUCAGGUAUGACCACAGGUGUUGCAAGUACAAAUAUAAUACGCCAUAUUAAUUUUACGUCUAUAUCCAGUUCAAUAUAAACAAACUCAAAUCAACAAUUCAGCCGGACCUUUCAUGUGGGAUUUUCCUGCCAGCCGCGGAAACAGUCAGUUUGCAAGAACAUACGUGGGAGUACUUAUAUGUCACGCGAUCAUAUGGAUGGUUUUUGUGUGACACUAACUAGUGAUGGAUGCGCUGUUGGAGAUGAUCUUACACCUACUCGGGCGUCCGCGCACGACAUACAACAAACACCGUUGUUGGUAAUGCUAUUCUGCCUAUAUUACGCGCUGCUGUGCGGCGACCGGUGAGCGCCCUUCUACCACUGUACAGUAGGUGGGCUAACUCAUGAAAUUUCAGUCGACAUUCUAAAAUACGUUUUCGUUUCGAAAAGAUUAAUUAAGUUGGGUUGUAAAAAUAGUCGGCCUGCAACAUAAUUCCAUAAUAUUUCAGUUACCCCAGAAUGCCGGCUGUCGAAUGAACUUCCUUCCGGCUGCAUACAAAAACUACACUCUGUAGAAAUAACUACUUACGCAGCACGCGUUUUUCUCAUUGAUGUUCGAUGCCCUUAAAAAGUCAAUAAUUAUUCAUAGAAAACAUGCAUAAAAAUAUGAAUUAUUUCGCUCAUUCGGUAGAAAAUUAUGUCUUCUUUCAAAUUUAUGCUCGGAGGAGGGACAUAAUUCGGUUUUAAAAAGUUUCUAAUUGUGGGACUUUUUAAUACCAUGAAAUGGCCGUUCAUAAAACGUCGUGUCUCUGCAUUUAUCAACGUGGCCUGUAAAGUUAACAAUAUUGAUCAAAUUCACUGCAUAAUUGUAUGAACCCUAUAUGAUUCUCCUUUAUUACCGUAGAUAAAUGCAUGGUUUUCCGUACGCGGAAAAUAUACGGCUUGCAGUUUGGAAACCCUGGAUUCAAGUGUAACGGUGGAGCGGGUUUAAAAUUAUUCAGGAAUUGGAAAAGUUUUUAGAAACCGAAUUAUGUCCCUCCUUCGGGUACAAAGUUAAAAGAGGACGUGAUUAUCUACCGAAUGAGCAAACAAAUGAACAUUUUUAUGCAUGUUUUCCAUGAAAUAUGAUUGGACAUUUAGGGGCACCGGAAAUCAAUGAAAAAAACCAUGCUACUCAAAUAGUCAGUUUUACAGAGUAUAGUUUGUGCAUGCAGCCAGAAGGAAGUUCAUUCGAAAGCCGACAUCCUGAGGUAACUGAAAUAUUAUAGAAUUGUGUUGCAGGCUGACUAGUUUUACAACCCUACUUAAUUCAUCUUUUAGAAACGAAAACGCAUUUCAGAAUUUCGGUUGACAUUUCAUGAGUUAGCCCACCUACUGUAUAUACCCGAUCGCAACCGACAGGACAGCGAGGCUGCGGAACAGUGGUUAGGGACGUUGAAAUUCUAGUCGACAGGUCACGAGAUCGAGUCCCCGACGUUCCACACCUGAGGGUUGGACAUGGAUGACUGAUGACGGCUAAUAAGUCGGAAAUGGUCAUUCCAGUCUCCCUCGUCUUUGUCGGUAAUGCUAUUGUACCUAUUAUGUCUGCAUAGGUCAUGUUGGAACCAGAUCUUCUAUGGAGGACAUUUGUUUUAAUCUCGCACACCCUUUCUGAUGACCAGGGUUUGUUCAUAUUCUGGAGCCUGAAUGGCUCGUCUGCGUCUAGACUUUCUGAAGACGAAAGGAGGGAGGGAACAAGAAAUGUCGAGGGAGUUAAAGGCUGACACUGAGGUAAUAUCCCGCCCGCCUAUGAACAGAGGUUCACAGUCUUGUGAAAUGGCUGCUCCACAUAAUAAAAUCUCUGCCACUGUGUUCACCAACGACAGUCUAACCAUGUGAACAAUUCCUGGGCAAACUCAAGAACGUCACAAUGGAGUCAGGUGAGGGGAUAGUGCCAUUCAACGCCACGAUCCCCUUUACAUUCAUACCCCCUACAAUGGAGAUGAUAAGUGUCCUACCGCAUAACCGUUAUUAUGGUGCAGACGACAAGUCCAUAGUCUGGGAUCUUAUGAAACUCUUGGAGUGUUGUCACAUGACCUUCUUCAUCCCGCAUGGGGCCACACAAGAGUAGAUAAAAGGUACGCUAACGGGUUCCCCGAUUUAUAGGCUGAUUGCUGGAGCUGUGCUCCGAGGCCUCAACAUGUAAGCUUUAUAAACGUACUUGCUCAAAUUUUUGGUGCGUUAUGUUCAAGACUGCUUUGCCAUCAUAGAGUUAGGCAAGAUAAAAUAGUUCGCGGCCCACCUCAACUCAGUCGAGAGCCCACAUGGGCGUGUAUUUGUUCCGACGCAGAUUAAAGUGCCAGUGACCAAGCACCUCGAGGGGCGUGACCGCAACAUGCUUCAGGCGGUCAGAACUCGCAGUCCCUGAGGGGGGCCACCCACACGAUUAUGCAAAGCACAUGAGUGGCGCAUGGAUGUGCAAACACUAAGUCAGGGCUGGAGAGUGGUAAGAGAAAACGGGCUCUUAUUAACGGCAUUUGAAAAUAGCAUAAACAGACACCGAUGUUGGAAACAUUCGUCUAAACAGUGCCGGCCUGAGUUGACAUCCAGGCGGACGCGGUGAAGGAAGCACCAUUUACUCGCCUACGAGACAAAAAUCGAUGUGUUAAACUCUCGACACUCCAGUAGCGUGAACCAAUCGGAAGGCCGAUUCAGAGGGCUAGUCUGUCUUGCCUACGUGACUGGCUGCCACGACUUGACACGGAGCUCUGAUUGGCUAACAUACUCCCAGCCGGAAUGCGCACUACACUAGUCCUCUAAAUAUUAGCAUUGACAACUGUCCGCCUCGGAACGGGUGCGUGCGUGGAUGUGGAUUUCCACAUGGCUGUGUAGUUACUAGAGUUUCUCAUUUUAGUACAGUAGAAGAUGGCCUCAGAACUCGGAUUGAUUUACUCGGUUGGAAGACAUUGGACAGGGUCAAUGAUUGAACUAGGUUACAACCGCAACUCUUACAUCGCAUCUUUGAAUUCUGAUUGGACGAUGGAUGAAGAUGUGCCAGCUUACGCAGAUGAUGGACUUAUUAGCAACACUUCACCUUGGAAGUUUCUUCAGGAGCACGACUUUGGAAAAAUUCUGAAGAAUGAAUACACUCACGAGUGCGUACUCAAAAAACUGAUUGCAAUAAGUCAAAAUCCAUGUAUUGCGACGACGACAUUUAUUAGCACCCGUCGCCUAAACAAGACCUCGCCAUCAGAUCCGUCAGAAAAGGAACCGACAGCCUUGCCAAAGUCCAUCGAACGAUGGUUACUAAAAAUUAUUAGAGAUAAAGCUCAACUUAGGCAUUCUCUAACCAACCUUGCUUCCUCUGGGACCUAUUCAUGUUCAAAAGCGCAAUGUACACUUUCUAAUCUGCGCCGUAGCAGACCGGCUCGGUCAAGUAGCAGUGAACGCGAAAUAGGCUCAAGGAGGGACACUGAUCUAUUCCAUCGACGCAUCGAGGAAGCCUGUGAAGACGACAGCUCCCUUACGCCCCUGCGUUUGAAGAACAUCCAAAUUGGUGCAAUGUUUGCAAGCCGUCGCAAACGGCUAUCUCUCAGUGACAGUGAAAUAUCCUACACAAAGAAGGAAGGCCAAGAAGGGGAGGAAAACCUUUUGUCCUCUGGGCUGGAAGUUGGGGACGAAACUGGGGAAGAAAGAAAGUCGACAGAUGCUACGCAACCAAUACCACUUGCUUCCACUUCCAGUUCGGUAGAUGUUGUGAGCUUCACAAUUUCUGAUCAGCCGAAGGAUGACGGUGAAGGGGCCAAGACUGAAGAAGUUGUCUCCAAUGUAUUUACAGUGCCCUGCAAGACAGAGGACGCCGAAAAAAUCACUGCUGAUUCCUCGGCGGACGGACUUGCUGCAUAUCCGCCCAGCCAGUCGGGACCGAAUAUUACUGUGGAGGCCUCAACGUUGCAAGGUUCUGAAGAGACCUCUGGUACACCCGACCUUGUAAUGACUGAACCAGACGAAGUUGCCUCGGAUAAGUCACUGAAUGAAACUUCUCGACAGGGUCGACACUUGACACACAGUUUAACAACGAGCGAGUUGCACAAGAAGCCCCGGAAGGCCGUUCGAUUUGCCGAUGAGGAAGGUUUCCCGCUGGCUCAUGAACACCUUGUCGCCGAUUCCUCCUUGCCUCCGCUGUUGCACCGAAAGCGUCUUGACUGUAAGUGCUGCCUCGAGCCCAAUUCUCAGAUGCUACUACCUUUUUCUUAACGAGCACCUUGUCAACUUUUAAUUGGCAUCUGGUUAUUUUCAAUAAUACUUCAUUUUCCGUUCUAAAAGAAUAAUCUAAGUUUGGUUUAUAUUCACUCUCUAAGAAAAGCUUGUUAGGUUCAGCUUUUCCUUUCAGGAAGGAUCACGAUGGACUCCUCAUGUUUCAGAGCAUAUCGGUCGCUUUUACAAUAAGGGCAUAUCUCAUGAAAUUUAAGCCGAUAUUCUGAAAGGCGUUUUCCUUUUGAAAUUAUUACUUGGGUAUGGUUGGACUAUCGAUUAUCGUGCAACACAAUGCCGCUAUAUUUCAGUCAUGCUAGGAUGCCGGCUUUAGAAUGUGCCGGCCGCCUUCAAAAAUCACACUCAACAAAAAUGAGUGCUUAAGUAAUGUGGCCUCCAAGUUGUUGUUUAUGUCCUCAUAGAUUCAAAUAGAUUUUAUAGAAGGCAGGCGCCAAAAUAUUCCUUGUAUUCAUUUAGUAUUAGUUUAUAGCUUCGGUGUUUCUACUCAAAUAGGCGGUAUUUUUUGGUUUUUAAGUUUUUCAACACAAGACUAAUGUCUAACCCGGUCUGUCGUUGCAGUUGUGUACGACAUUAGUAAAAUACGGGCUUUCUAAUUACAAUGCAGGGAAAGUCAUAUUUUUCUCCAUGCCGUUAAGAAAAUACCAGACAGAGCUCACAACAUUUUGCAGUGGAUGUGGAUGUCGUAUACUUCGUAAGGAACAUUAAUAAAUGUACAGACACAAUGCUGUUUGAAUAUGUAUUUAGCGGUCUUAAAAAUCCCAUGACUACAACCCUUCUUUAAACCGAGGGAUAUAAUUUCUUGCGCAAAACUUGAGAAAGAAGCGAUUUGCUACCAAAUGAGUACAACGAAGGAUGUUUUUGUGCGUUUCUGCAAAAUGUAUUUGGAUUUACAAGGGUAUCGAAAUCAGUCGAAAAUUAAUAACACUUGAGCACAAAUCCUUUUUUUACUGAGUGUGGUUUGUGCAGGAGACCGCACAAAGGGCAUUCGAAAACCGGCAUCCUGGCGUUACUGAAAUAUAUCGGAAUUAUGCCGCACAACAAUCAAUAUUACAACUCCCCUUAAGCAAUCCUUUCUAAUCGGAGAUGCGUUUCAGUAUCUAGGUUAACAUUUCCUGUCCAGUUUUAUUUAUUCACUAAUUUGCAUUCCUAGGCCCAUAUGUGACGGUAUCGUAGACAUUUACAUGGUGUAUCGAAAACCCCUUCAUUCUUCUCUAUUUGUUAAAACUGGCUGACAGGGUCAUCCUGGUUACUCAUCACUUUUUUAAAGAGCCUCGUCGAGUUUAUUUAGGUUGUUGAAACACUAUAUUAAGUGGUUGCACAACGUUAAAAGCGGAAUUGUUCCAAAACCUACCACUGCAUUUCUCUCCGCAGGCGCUGAGCUUGAGUUAGAUUCACUGAUAAGUCGCCUGUCUUCGAUGCUUGCAUUGAACUACUUCAUUGCAGCCCUUACCACAGUAAACACUUUUUUUUGGAGGGGGAUGUCUCGUAAAUACUAGCCCUUAGUCUAUGCAACCGUCUUCAACGACUUCCCGAUUUUAGCUUUAGCAAAAAGUUUUGGCAAGAUUCCAUUUCGUAGCCGUACCUGUUAGGGGUUAGGGUUAGGCUGGAGCUUGUCUACUGCAGGAACGGCUAAGAAAUAAGAUCCGACCAACAUUUCGAUUGUAAUGUUACAGUGGAGAAAACAGCUAUGCAUUACUAUAGGAGAUUCACUAUUUCGGAGGGUUUGACCCAAGUUGUACAUAUCAUGACUUCACGUCGGCCUCCCUGAAAUUUCUUUCUGUCUUCAUUUGGAAUGAAAAAUGUAGUUACUGGUAAGUUGGUGGCUUAACAGUUCAAUUGGUAGCAACUACCCAUAUAGCGCCUCUCUAACAAAUCGUAGUAUGAACGAAAACCAGGACAGCAGCUGGCAACGAAACAAAUAAACGUCCCAGAGGAAGUGGUGACUGUAAAACAGCAGUAGAACGAAAUUCACUCUUAGAAUCAUCGUUGAGAAACCAUAUAUGUGCAGUAAGUAUACUCGCUUGAUUUUAUUUCAUCUUUCUUCCUAUCCACUGGGGAAGUUUAGGCUGGCUCCAUUCCCGUGACUGGACAGUGGUCUGCACGAAGUUCUCACCAUGGGGGUUCUCAGUUUUUGAAAUCUGGCCUUAAUAUUGAAGUCUAAACAUGCGUCUUAAGAAAGUCAGUUCAACCUUUCCAUUUUGCGUCCUAGAAGUCAUCUAAGUCAUAGUUUACAUGCAGUUAAAUGCGCCUAAAACUUACAUAUUCCGGACUGUUGUCAAACAAAAUUGCACACGAAAUAAGCUUGCACAUGCUACAGUAUCUUCUCCUAAUUGCAAACUACUGUAGGUUUGGAGAUAUAUAUUGCUGUGCAAGGUGCCAAUAAGGCAAUUGUGUCGUCAGGGUGAGUUGAAAACUUUAGCACGCCUCCAUGAAAAGUUUAAUUGUUUGGCCAUCUUCCGCCUAAGAAUGCGGUUGCGGUUCAAGCAGAACUGUGAGCCCUUAAACAAGCCUCAGUCCCAAAUUAUACAUGCCUUAGACGCACAGAUUUUAAGUACUUACGAGCAGUACGUUUCGCACUUUCUAUUCAUCUGUAACCUGUUGCAAUACUUUUAACUUUUAAUGUUCUGUUUCACAGCCCUCGAUGACGACUACCGAGAUUUUGCGACAAUCCCCACCUUCCAACGUUCAUUAUCACCAGCCACCGGUCUGUUCUCUGGACGACCUACAUUUACUCUGCCGCCGGUGCCUGUAACGGGCUCUGCCGCCGGUCAGAAUGCCACGCGUCCAAAUGACUACAGCCCGAGUAUGUCAUCCGAUUUGUCUCCCAUUGAGUCCUCCUGGCGACUGACAUUUGCUCAACCCGCCGCACAGUACUUGGCUUUUCGUCAGCGACUUGACACGGGCUGCGUAUCACUGGAAAAUGUUACUGUCUCUACACCCAAGGACGAUAUCUGUGCAGUCCGGCUCUACGGCACGGUAAAAGUGAAGAAUAUUAGCUUCGAGAAGCACGUCAAACUGCGUGUAACUGAUGAUCAGUGGAAAAGCUUCAAAGACUACCCAGCCACCCAUAACUCAGAACUGUCCGCUGUUAGCGGAGCCGGCGGACGCUUUGACACCUUCAUCUUUAACUUCUCAGUUCGUUUUCCGGACACGGCGCUUUCAUGCAACCACGGUCAGGAGCUUCAAUUCGCUGUCUGCUUCCAAGCUGGACCUAACGGCAGUGCUGGUGAGUACUGGGACAAUAAUGAUGGCUGCAAUUACGUCGUCCAACGCCAGGCGUCACCCCGGCCAAUGCUGAACCAAACCAAUAGCUUAGGUAGGGCAACUAUCCCAUCUCCCCCAGGCUCACAGUUGGACGCCCACCUGUCGGCUGGCCGCAAUGACGGCGUCAACUCGUUCGCCCCUGGCUGUGGCAAUGACAGCAGUGGCGGCAAGGACGCUCAGUUUUUUCGUGUUCACCCGCCGAAUGUAAUGGGGGCACCUGGAUGCUCAACAACUGCGGCGGGUGAUUCGGUAGCAUCCAUCAGUCCCCCAAACCCCUACACCAUCGAUUUUCGACCGAAUUUUGCGGGCUUCUCCUCGCUUACCAGCUACUCCUCCUGGCAGCAUUACUCCUCUGAGUCAAUGUACUACUAG